CCAAAACUCUUUAUGUAGUAACUCUCCUUUUCUUUUUAUUUUUUUCCCAUUAUCCAGAUGAAGCAACAGCAUGAAGGAUUCUGAAUCCAGUCGGCGAUGUGUGGAGGAGGAAUCAGAGGGGAGAGUGAUUUGGGGUCUGUGAUUGGACUCUGUUUCUCUAGUCAUGUUUGAUUGGGACGACGAAGAGCUUACUAAUAUGAUAUGGGGUGACGACGGAGAGACAGGCGACCAUAUUGUGCCUUUUAAAGUAAGAAACAGGAAGGAACAGGGCGAAGAAUCUAAUAAGGCAGUUAAGCCAGCUGAGCAGAAGACAACUCACCUUCAUGAUAGUAAGCUGGGGGGGAGCAGUUCAGGGCAAAAUAUUGAGUGUAUGACCUCAUGGCCUGACUCAUCAGUAUCUAAUGCUAGAAAAGCUGAUCCAGGACCAGGUUCGAGUGAGCCAGCUAGAUAUGAUUCAACAAGAAGUGAGAAAACGUCUGAACUUGGGAAAGGCCCUGAUAUUUUUCAUAGCACUGAUGAGAGUAAAGAGCAUGGUGAUUUUGAUGAGUAUGGAUGGGCUAACAUUGGUAGCUUUGAUGAUCUUGAUCGAAUGUUCAGUAGUGAUGUCCCUAUAUUUGGCGAUGGCAGUCUCAGCGGUGCAGAUGAGUUAUGGUCUUCUUCUAAAGAUGUAUCCAAGCCGUUACCAUCCAUUUUGGACUCUCAAGAUCUAGGAUUGGACAUUAGAACUCAGUUUGAGCAACAAGAGAACCAGCAGUUUCCAUUGACUGGAGAAACCAAUGGUGGUCCAUCAUCCCAAAGUGCGCCUAGAGUUCGUGUAACCCCAAAAGCUGAGCAAUAUCAUGAGCAUAAGAGUCAAUCCUCAGUUGAUGACCAGCCAUAUCAACAACACAAAAUGAUGAAGCUUUCGGAAAUGUUGGGGACUUGUGAGGCAGGAUCGUUUCAAGAUCCAUACGGUCAGAGGUCAAGGAGAAAAUUUGUAAACCAGUUGGCACCGUCACGAUCAACUUUGAUGGGUGUCAAUCUGCGGAGUGAGUCUCAAGGGUCUGGGACAUCACAUUAUCCACAGAUGCCAAACCAAUACAUGGCUACUUCUGGUUUUGGUAAUCCAUAUUCUGCUGUGCAUGUAGUUUCAGCCUUCCAAUGUCCUGAUGUUAACAAGAAUCAGCUGAUGCAUCCUUCCUACAACCCUGCUUCUGCUAUCUCUGCAAACACGGUAACAGAUGUCUGUGCACGACCUUCAACAAUGACGCCGCAGGAAAAACUAGAAAAACUUAGGCGCAGACAGCAAAUGCAGGCGAUGCUUGCUAUUCAGAGACAACAACAGCAAUUUCGUCACCAGGUUCCUGUAGCAGAUCAGUCCAUUACUCAGCUUGUCGACAAAACUAGUCUUCAAGGGCUAACUGCAAUACCUUCCUUUGAUCCCAAUUCAUCUCUGGAACUAGAUGAUUCUGGAAACUUUGCUGCUGCUGUUGAUAAUCCAUCAGAAUUCUCGGUUCUUUAUCGGCUUCAAGAUGUUGUAGCAAAGUUAGAUAUGGAAACAAGGACUUGUAUAAGGGAUAGCUUAUUCCGUUUGGCUGAUAGCGCAGGUCAGAGACAUCACACUAGUGAUACACCCCACAGUAAUAAGAGUAGCCAAGAUGACCGGGAGGUUAUUCCUCAAGAAAAAUCCAGAUAUAGAUAUGCAGGGAUGCUAGACACAGAAACAGUAACCAAUCCCACAGACAGAACUGUGGCUCAUUUGCUCUUUCAUAGGCCUUUUGAUAUGUAUGCGGCAAAGCAUACGGAAGGACUAGAAUCACCAUCUUCUUCGAAGAUGGGAGCUGAAGUAAAAGGGAGUUUUCCUAGCACAAGAGAGAGUCGCAUGAUUAAGCAGAAGGCAAAAGAGGAAGAUGUACCUGCAGGUUCACUUGCUUUAGGGUAUGCAUCCAACUCAGGAUCCAGUAGCACUGUUGCUGAGAGGGUUGUUGAAGCAUCCCAAGGAAACAAAAGAAAGUUGUGAAUUUAGGUUUGCGGUGUUAGAGAGGAGCCUGAGGAAAUCUGCAGCGUAGGCAACAUCUCUCUACAUUGCUAGAAACAAUCUCCUGUUUACUCCUUUCAUGUAAUUAGAUGUUUUUUUGUUUUGUUUUGAAUUGUUGAAUAUCCUUUCUUAUUACACGUAUUUCCAUGAGAAAACAUUUUGGAAAACUCAUGUAGUUUGCUCUUACAAUUUUCUUUUUAAAACCAGAUAUGAUCUCUUAUAACA